UUCAACUACAGCAGCCAGUAUCAGAUAUAGUAAUACAUUUUACAAGCUCGAUGGAUUAAGUGAUUUCACAGGUGAUAUCGACAUUUUUAAGGAAUUACACACACACCAUUGCUCACCAAUCCGUAUCAGUGCUUGUGUGGUGAACAAGAUUUCAUUGGAGUUUAUCUCAACUGGUUGGACGAGCCGCACCCGUGGAAAGAAAAGGACCGUUGUGUCGCUCAGGUGUUUACUCCAUCUUGGUGCUUUGUGCUGGACGGUCACAACGCUUACUAAGGACGUUUCAUCUGUUCUCAAAGUUUCUACCAUGAAGAUUUGGAUUGCACUUCUUCUUGCGACUUUCGCAGUGGGUGCCUCAGCUCAAUGCCAAUGUAACAAUAUGAAGUGGGCUACAUGCGAUGGAACUCCUUGCCAGUGUAGCAUUAUGGUUGGAACUGAAUUGACACAAAACCUGAACUGCUCUACAUUGAUCCCCAAAUGCUACCUGAUGAAGGCAGAGAUGUACCGUGCUAAGAACAACCUGUCCACUCGUACUGGAGGAAAGCCAGUCGAGACCGCCUUUGUGGACAAUGAUGGCAUCUAUGACCCAGAAUGUGAGGCCACUGGUGCCUUCCGGGCCAAGCAGUGCAACAACACUGAGGAGUGUUGGUGUGUCAACAGUGCUGGCGUGCGCAGAACCGACAAGGGAGACAAGAACCUCAAGUGUGAGAAACUGGUGGAGACCUAUUGGGUUCGCCUGGAGCUCAAGCACAAGGAGGUGGCCAAAGCAGUGGAUUCUUCUAAGUUGCAGGCUGCCAUUGCAACUGCCAUCCAGACCCGUUACAGCGUUGACAAGACCCUUGUGAAGGAGGUGCAGUAUGACUCUGAGGCUCGCCUGAUCAUCGUCGAUGUCCAGAAGGAGAAGGGAGACCGCAAAGCCGACCUAUCGCGUAUGGCCUACUACAUGGAGAAAGAUGUCAAGGUGCUUCCCCUGUUCACUAACCCAGCUAAGUUUGAGCCCAGUGUGGACGGUCAGAAGCUGGAGAUGGAGAACAUCUUGGUGUACUAUGUGGAUGAGGAGGCCCCCACCUUCACCAUGAAGAGGCUGACCGGGGGCGUUAUCGCCGUCAUCGUGGUGGUCAUCCUGGCCGUGGCCGCAGGACUGCUGGUCCUUUUCUUUGCGAGGAAGCGAGAGCAGAAGUACAGCAAAGCAGAGCCCAGAGAGCUGGAGAACCUGUAGACAACCCUUCACCUGAGUCUGUUCUGCGCUGGAAUAUGAACUUGUAUAUUACAAAAUAUUGUUACUUGAGAGAUGCCGUUUGUAAAGGAUUGGUGAUUUUUAUUUGGCACUGUUACUUCCACCAGCAUCUUUAUAUAUAAGCUGUUGGAAUUUUUAGCUUAAUGUCUAUACAAUGCCAAAGCUACUCUGCUUCAGGAUAAAUGUCCACGUUGAUUGAAAUGCAUCAAUGUUUUUAUUAAGUUUGAAUGCCGCAGACUGUACAGUUUCAUAUGCAUUGUGUUUUGAUGGCUUGUCUGUUUUUAAUAAAGUGUAUUUUAAAAUGUC